AUUCAAUAUGGCCGCCAAACCGUACAUUCCCUUUGCCGCAAACAAUUCAUUGCAAGUGUAGACCACUUGAAAUUCUGUAAAAAUCAAUAUGAAAAACAUUCAUGUUUCAAAAAAGCUUCAGAAUAAUCUCUUUUCAAUUAGAUAUCCACAUAAAAUUUCAUCGAAAAUACAUUUCAUCAACAAACAAAUAUCCAUAUUCUGCUGUUGUGAAAUCCAAUUGUCACUUGACAACAUAGACCACUGCUCAUGUGAAUCGGACCUAAUAUCCGUCAUGCUAUAAAAAUGUUCAUUGAAUUUUAUGGCAAAUCCACGUAUACGAAUCGAAUUCGGUAAUUACCAAACCCGUCUGGUGUGUGUUCACAAAAGCGAUUGUAUAUUUCCAUUAUUGCAUUUUGGCCACAUUCACUUGGCUUAGAGAGUGAGAGAAUUGAGAAAGAAAAAGGCUUCAAACAUAAUUUCGACGAAAUUCGAAAGGAACUGCAUCAGUUCACCUUUCGCCAGACACAAAUUCAAUUCAUUCGCUAAGAACCGGAGCAUUUGUGCGUUCGUCGAUUGUGUGUCGACGAAGCUCGCUCAUCUGCGCGACUUUCAUACUCCCUUUUUUUUUCGUUCAUCUGUCGGGUGUGAAUCAGCCCGAGAAAUAAAGAAAUUUUAUUAUUUUUUCUUUAUCAUAACAAAGGAAUCGUAGUGCAUACGUUGGCAAAGUGUGAAAUCAGUGAAUAUUUCAUUGUUUGUGCGUGUAUGUGUUAGCUGAUCGAAAUUACUCAUUCAGUUUAAUAAAACAUCAAGUGUUCGGGCCGAUUGACACAAAUACGUUUUAUAGUGAGCAAACGGUUUUGCUCUAUAUUUCACAUACAUAGUCUUUUGCUCGUUACUAUUUCACCGUAUGUCACCAGCAGCGUUGUGUGUGCUCUCGCUCACCACAUCACAUUUUGAUUACAAUGCAGUGUAAUUUUAACCCAAUUCGACGGAAUCAUUAAAAGAACUUUCCAGCUCUACAAUGACUGUGCACAAGUUUAUUUAAAAAAAUCCUGUGUAAUUCAAUAAAUUGAAGAAAAAAGAAACAACCAUAAAUCAUUUAAAUAAAUCACAGAUAUUUUUCUGUACACGCGAUCAUUUCACAUUCGCGUAUUUUUUUGUCGACGUUUCACCGUCGCUGUGAACAUAUAUAGUGUGGGUGAAAGAGAAAGAGAGAUAAUCGAUUGGAAAACGGAUCAGAGAAAGAAAAAGUAAUACAAAAAUGGAUUUUUCGAUGAAAGAUUAUGAGUCGUUAGCCCUGCACACGGCUACGGGCGAUUCGGUGAAUGUGCAACAUAAAAAACCAUUCGACAUUGCUGACGUGGAUAAUAAUGCAAUGAAAUUAGAGAACGAUGAUUGGAAUAUUGACAGCAUAUUUCCGUUGAACAACGAUUUUCUCAACGAUUUCAAUGACUUGGCCGGCCUCAAUAUGGAUACGUGGACCGAUGCAUAUGAUUAUAUGUCGUCGCCAACAUCAACCGGUACCGAAUCGGAAAAUGAUCACGAUAUGCUUGGUAUGAAACCGGUUGCCGAUCAAAUGUUGAGCCCACCACAAAACCUGAUUUCGAGCUCAUCAUCAGACAGUGGUCUGUCCAGCGACCAUGUUGAUUUUGACAUGAAUUUCGAUCCAUUGGGCACGGAACUAUUGCAGCAACCACUUUUGUCAGCCCAAAUCAUUCCAGAUUUGGCUGAUGAUGAGCUUCUCAUCAACAAAGCGGUGAAACCGGCCGCGGUAAUGGAGAAACCAGCAAAAAUUUCACAACCAAACACCCACAAGGUCGUUCAACAGCCGAAUGUGACUCCAAUUCAAAUUAAGAGCGCCCCAGUUGAACGAAGUGUACCGACACAGAAAGUUCAAUAUGUAAAAAGAAUCCCAACAAAUGUCGUUCAGGUGUCCGAUCCAAAAACUGCUGCUAAGCCACAAAACAACGCCAUUAUCAACGAAAAUGUGGUGACAAACACCCCGAUCGUUAUCAACAAAAUGAAUGGCAACAUUUCAGGUAUUCGCAAAGUCAUUCAAGUGAAAAAAGGACCUUAUCAGAAAUCCAUCAUUCUUCCAUUUUCCCUGAAAAAUGGAACCGACAUCCGUUCGAUCAAAAUUAUUAAGCCAUCGUCCUUGACAAAAUCGCCGAAAAUUCUGAUGGCCGCAUCAAAUCUUCUGCAAGAAUACAAACAAAACACGAUUUUUGUCAACAAACCAGUCAAAGUGGAGCCUAAAUAUGAAAUUGACUCAAUGUCAGAGCCUUCCGAUUGCGAGAGCUAUAAAUUCGAGGAGAUGUUUGUGCAGGAUAAUGAUGACGACGAAGACGACGUAAAUAAUGAUAGUGAACCGGAGGCCGAGACUGAUCAGCAAUCAGAGUAUCCAAAGUUGAUUUUAUCGGGUGAAGAGAAACGAUUGCUUGCAAAGGAAGGCAUUGCACUUCCAGCCAAUUACCCGCUUACAAAACACGAAGAACGUGAAUUGAAACGCAUCCGCCGAAAGAUUCGCAACAAGAUUUCCGCACAAGAUUCGCGCAAGCGAAAGAAGGAGUAUGUGGAUGGGUUGGAGGAACGUGUCAAAAAGUGUACGGAUGAAAAUCAAACACUGUUGAAACGUAUCAAAAUUUUGCAAACACAAAAUCAAACACUCAUCAAUCAGAUGAAAAAAAUGCAAAACCUGCUAACAAAAAGCGGUAACAAAACCGUUCAGCCCGCUACAUGUCUCAUGGUGCUAUUGAUGAGCAUGGCAUUGAUUGCCGCUCCAAAUUUGAAAUUGAAAAAUGAAACCAAUGAUGUCACCAUGCCAAGUGACAUUUCAAUGGAAGAGAAUCAAAUGCAACAGAAUCGUCGUGCAUUGUUGUUUGAUACGAGAGAGAAAUUCGGUGAUGUCGUUGCCGAUGAAGAGAUGGGCACCGAUUUCGGUAGUUUGUUCUGUGACAAAACCGAAAACAAUGAGCAUAACUAUGCUACGGAUGUGAAAACAAUCGACACCAAAAUGGGUGAUUUGAUUGAUACAUUGGAUCUGGACGAUGAUCCAAUUUGGGUGCCACCACCAAACGGCACAGCGCACGAGAAGAGCGCAUCGGUGCAGAUUGGUUCGCCAGAGGCAAACAAUUUGAUGAAAGCGAUCCAAUCGAUGGAUUUGCCCAAUUUUGGUGAUGUGUCGGUAAUGCAUGCAAAAUCAGCAAAGAACUUGAGCGAUCUACCGACUGAGAGUGCUUAUCAGCUGCAACUCGAUCCGAACGGCAUACCAAACAUCAUUCUCAAUACCGAAAUCGAUGCCAAGCAUGUCUAGUGCAAACCUUGUGACAAUUGGUGAUAGCUGCACAGCAACUAUCGCCUCUCCAGUCACUUUUAUUUGCAUUUUCUGGCCGGAUUUUCGUUUUGUUUUUGGUUUUUUUUAGACGAAAAAACAAAAUUAGACUCUUUUAUUUUGACAAUGCAAACAAUAAGUAUUCGAAUAUGAUUCCAGGUUUUUUUAUAAAGAAAACUUUAUUUUUCAAUUUAUUUUCGCAAUCAAAGCACACGUUUAGCGUGAUAUUGAUCUUACCAACGAGUUUGGUUUCAUUUCUUUUUUGUUAUCGUGUUUUUUUGUUUUCUAGUAUCACACAACUGGAAUUGACAGCAACUCAAAUCAUAUACAACCAACGUUUUCCGAUUUAGGCAAAAUGAUAGGGGCUAGCAAAACACUGGUUUAUCUUUUGUUAGAUUAGUUUUUAAAACCAAUUUAAAUUGGAUUAUUGUUUUUUUUCUCUUCUUUUUUUCGUGUCUAUUCACACUAAUUUUUUUUUUAAAUGUCGUUGAAACGACGACAGAAAUUCAAGUUUUAACGCAUUUUUUUACCAAACAAAAAAAUACAUUUUUAUUUUAAAAGAAAUUCGGAAAUCGCUCUAAUGCGUUGAUGAAUUGUUUGGAAUUUUCCAAAAAAAGGUUGAAUAUAUUCUUUUCUCUUCUACAUUAUUCUGUUAUUCAAGGAAACUGCAAUGCAUGUAUUACUUUGAUUUUCUGCAAUGGUUCACAUAGAUUCUAAUUGACUUAUUUAUAUCCUGUUAAGAGUAUCCAAUAUUACAAAUAUUACAAACACACACACACAGAGAGAGAGUUAAUUUAAGAGAAUGGAAAUAAUCAGUCGAAGCUCUAUUUGUUAUUGAAGCAUAUUUUCAACACUCUUUUAUUCUAUACUACACAGAUGAUCGUAAACUUUUAUUUUUUAUUUAAAAGAGGCAAACUACAAGUUUGAAUCCACAACAAACACACAUAAACACACGUACAUAGAAUUAAUUUUAGCCAAUGAGAUGAGAGAAACUAAAAAAACCAUAUGCAUAUAUAUAGUUAUUAAAAAAAUAGGAAGUGCAACUUUGUAUAUAAGUAACCGUAUAAAUCAUCAAAUAAAAAAACUCGCAAAACGCAA